GCCAUUUGUCUUCCAUUUCCAGUUACAUUAUUAGUCGUCAUAACCAUUCCUAUUGUCUGAGUAGUACAUACCCCUCCUCAAGUUUGUCUAUAGUAAAAUUCACGGAGAUGGUUUUUGAUAGGGUUUUAGCGAUAGAUUAAUUUGAUGUGUGUAGCGGUGUUUUAAUCAGAGGCUUUCAUGUUUGAAAUGGGUUUUAUUGGGAUUUUCUUGGAGAAUUGAGAAGGAUUGCAUAACAUUUCAUUACAGGUUAAUGUUAGUUGUCUGUUAUCAUGGCUCGUUUCUGGUGAGAAUAGAAAGCAUGAGCAUUCCUGUUGGUAAUGAUUGCUUCGAUUGGAAUAAUCCAGUCUAAAGUGCUGUCAAUGGAGUGUUUGGUGCUUUGCAAUUUGCAACAUGUAUGUUGGUCACGAGGACGAAUUGGCCUAUCAAAGCUGGACUCCGAGCAACUUCCCUUGGCAACCUGUUUUUCCUGGGAAUUUCGACGAAGAAAACAGCGAGAAAAUGGUUUUGGUCUCCUUUGGAUAAGAACAUGUGAUCCUUGGGUACACCUUCCAUUAAAGGCUUUAAAGAAAGGGAUACAGAGUGCUAAUGCUAGAAAACAGAAUUUAAAGAUAAUAUUCAAUCUAGAGGCAGUAGUAGAAGAUGGCCAACAACUAUAUGUCAGUGGAUCUGUUAUCUCUCUUGGAAUGUGGGAUCCUGAGCUAGCUAUUCCUAUGUCUCCAUUUGAAGGAAAAACUAACCUUUGGCAAGCUAGAAUACAGGUUGCCUGUGGUACAAUUUUAGAGUACAACUACUUCGUGAAAAGAAAUAAAGUUCCUUCUGGUGAUAUUACAUGGAGACCUGGACCCACAUUGUGUUUGAAGGUGCGCUCAUCAGUUCGAACUUCAAAGAAAACUGUUGUGGUUCAAGAUUGUUGGUGUGAUACAGCCUGUGGAAAUAUUCCAGUUCUGUCUUUGGGAGCUUCUUGGGAAGAUGUUGGGGCUCCUGAUCAACCUAAUGGUUUUGUUGGCCUUGAAUCAUCAAAUGUAGAUGACAUAUCUGCAGAAUAUUCUGAGGCCAUUACUCAACAAAUUAGUUGUCAACUCGUCAGUGCUGUAUCUGGAACCGUUUCAGGAAAUAUUUAUAAUGUACCUGAAAAACCUAUAAGCCCAGUCAUUAGCACUCAAGUUCAUACAGAACAUGAUGGAAUCAAUUCAGAGUUGCUGCCAAAAGGAGUUUUUGAAGGGAAGGAUCCUGAUGUUCCAGAACAUUGCAAGAAUCUGGAGGGCAAGAAAAUAGUCUAUCAACCUAUAGAAGAGUCUUGGCUUCCAGCUGGUUUUAUUCUUCUUAAAGAGGAAAAUGAGUCCCAAAAUUUGACUGUAGGGACCGGAUUGGAUGGUGUAGUGGUUCCAGAAGCCAAGGAAAGCGAGUCCCGAAAUUUAAUGCUAGGGAUUGAAUUAGAUGGAGUUGGAGCAGUUAAAGAAGGCAAGGGAAGUGAGUCCCAAAUUUUAGCAGUAGAAAUUGGAAUGGAUGGAUGUGCUACUGUUGCAGAACCUGAGGAAGGAUUACAGAGAGAGUUGAAAUUGGAGAAUGGAGCACAAUCCAUUGAAUCCCAAGAAAAACAAGGUGUUAAGAUUGUUAUUAACAAGGAUGUUGUAACUGAAAUAAUUGUUAAUUCUUCAGUAUGUACCAUUCAAAGAAUUGCAAUUCUGGAAGAUGGGAAACCGGUGGAAAUAUUAUUGGAACCAGAAGUAACAAAUGUGCAAGUUGGAAGCAUAUAUCUUGGUGUGGUUAGAUCCAUUUGUCACCGAAUGGGUGCUGCAUUUGUAGAUAUUGGUGAUACAAGUUUAGCAUUUUUGAGCAUAAAGGAACCCUUUCCAUUUCUUUCAUUAGAUUUGCAUGUAAAAGAAGGUUCAUCUGAUGGUGAUUUAAGUAAUAAUGCAGGGGUCGAGUCAGGUUUAAAAGAUGAAGAGGAAGAGUUUCAUGAGCUGUUGGAAAGCGCAGUUCAAGAAGAUGAGAUAUCCACAACAUAUGAACAUACCAAGCAUAAGAAGGAAGUCUUAGAUGGAGGACUGAAGGAUUCAGAUAAUAUGGGAGAGCUAAGUAAAUUUGAGAUUGAUACAAAUAAUCUCUCGAGUGCCAAUGUGGAAGUUGGAGACAACUUGAGUGAAAAUGGACAUGAGACGGAGGGAACUGUUGUCAAACAAUAUGGCAGUGAGGAUUUAUGUGUUGGAAAGGGAAAAAAGUCAAAUAGACAUUUGCAAAACAAGGGUAUAUCAUAUUCUGGUCCAUCUUCUGUAGAUUUUGCAAGAAAUCCAAAUAAGUCAAGUCAUAUUAAAGAGGGAGCAAAGAUCAUAGUUCAAGUUAUCAAAGAGGACCUUGGGAAAAAGAGGCCUAGAGUAACUAUGUCUCCUUGUCUCAACAGUAGAUUUUGGGCACUAUUACCAGGAAAGAACAGAGCUGCAGUUUCUCUAAAGAUAACAGGACUUGAACGCAAAAGGUUAAUACAGAUUGCCCAGACACUGAAGCCUUUUGACUGUGGUUUGAUUGUGCGGACCGUUGCUGCUGGUCACUCUUAUGAGGAACUUCAAAAAGAUUUCAUAGGUUUGAUGGAAACCUGGAAAGAGAUAGUCACAUGUGCAAAAUCUGCAAGCCUAGCUGCAAAAGAGGGUGUUGAAGGUGCAGUUCCAGUGAUUUUACAUAGGGCUAUGGGCCAAAUACUUUCUGUUGUACAAAAUCAUUUUAAUGAAGAGGUCGAAAGAAUGGUAGUUGAUUCUCCACAUACCUACCAUGAGGUAACUAGUUAUUUGCAAGAGUUUGCUCCUAGUCUUGUCAGCAGAGUUGAGCUAUAUUCAGGAAAGAAUUUAAUUUUUGACGAAUUUGGUGUGGAAACUGAGAUUGACAAUCUUCUAUGCAAAAGAGUAAACUUUUCUAGUGGAGGAUACUUGAUCAUCGAACAAACGGAGGCACUGGUUUCAAUUGAUGUCAACAGUGGUAAGAGUUUGCUUGGUCAAGAAAUGUCUAAAAAGCAGCCCAUUCUUGAGGUCAAUCUUGCAGCAGCUAGACAAAUUGCCAGGGAGUUGCGUUUAAGGGAUAUAGGUGGCAUCAUUGUGGUGGACUUUAUUGACAUGAAGGAUGAGGAACAUAAAAGAAUGGUGUAUGAAGAAAUUAGGAAAGCUGCGCAGCGUGAUCGAUCUCCCAUAACAUUUUCUGAGUUGUCUGACUUAGGGUUAAUGGAAAUUUCAAGGAAGCGGGUUCGCCCAAGUUUAACGUAUAUGUUUAGCGAGCCAUGCUCUUAUUGCAAUGCAAAUGGAAGAGUUGAAGCACGUGAUACAAUAUUUUCAAAGAUAGAGCGUGCAAUUCGGCGUCUUCUGGUAAAGGCUAAAGAUGAGAAGUCUUGGCCUCAAAUUUUAUUGUGGGUAGAUGCGGUCAUGUCGGAUUAUCUGACCUCUGGAAAGAAGACACGAGUAGAACUAUUGCGCACUACUCUGAAAGUUAGGAUUGAUAUAGAGGUUAAGAGAGAAUUUGAACGAGACCAAUUUGAGGUGAAGCAAUGUUUUGAAUUUGAAAGAGGCUUUGAGGUGUCUGGUUAUGCAAAGAAGAGAAAAGCAACCAAGAUUAAACCAAGAUUGGCUGAAACAAGUAGCAAGAAAUUAGUUGAUUUUAUGAAGAAGAGUAUACCGGAUAAGAAGGUCCAAGGAGAAAUAUCUGGAACAAGUAGCAGGGAAAAAACAGAUUUUGCAAAGAAUAAUGUACCUAAUAAGGAGCUCCAAGCAGGCCUGGCUGAAACAAAUACCAAGAGGAGUCCUGUUUUAAGGAAAAUUCAAAAGAUUAAGAAUACAACUCGACAAAAAAAUGUUUGAUAAUAGUUGAGCAGCCAAAUUAUAUUGUACAGAGGAAAAAACAUAAGUCAUAAUGCAAAUCUUUUGUGAGCAAUUUUAUAUUUUGUGAUCUUUUUAUUUUUCCGUCAAACUAGAAAAAUAAAUAGAAAAAAUAAUUCUCUGCCGUUGAAGUAUCAAGCUUAUACUUCUAAGUUGUAGUUGUGCUUUCACAUUGUUUAAUCCACAACAUUUUCAUGAUGAGAAAUGAUUAUAGCUCCCGUUGGAGAACACCUUUACCACUAACAUAGAACUCUAAUAGAAACAAUGACUUUCAAGCA